AUGGAGACCUCGAUUGCUUCCGAGGAUACGAGGGCCGUAGGCCGCUCACGUCGUGUCUCGCAACCGCCGGCAUACCUGCGUUCGUCAUACCAGUUGACGAUGCCGCGAGGUCGGCUGUCGAACGGGAAGCGUGGGGCGACCGUUCCCAAGCGCCUGAGCUUGUCCACUAAGGGAAAGGAGGUGGCACAUUCAGAGCAAGAUGACGGCACGGGUGCAGAGAGUGCAGAUUCGUUUGAGCGCAGCGAGGAAGAGGACGAGGAAAGCGAAGACACAUCUGCGCCAGGAUCACACAAGGAAUCCGCCGACCAGGGCGCUGGAGGGAAGACGCACGACGAUGGAUGUGCGGGAAUAUCCGCGGCCAAUGCUGACAUGCGCACACAUCAAGAUGCGCGGGACACGGAUGUGUCUCGAGGCAACGGCCGAGGACAGGCGGACGGACUUGUUGGCCGCACACGCGUGAACAGCUUGGACGCCAACGGCGAGGAAGUGCGCAUCCCUAGCCGGAUCCUCGAGCAACUCAUACAGGCGCAGGACAAGAGCGCCAAGGAGAACGCGCGUUUGGAGGAGCUGUUCUUGAAUGCGAUGUCUCGCCCUUCCGGUGGCUCUCGUAAGCGUAAGGCUCAGAAGCAGAGAGACCCGGGGCAGGGUUGUAUGAACCCGAAGCGACAGCGUGAUGAUGGUUACCGGUUUGCACUUAUAUCAUGUUUUGUGUACACCGUAUGUGCGCAGAGGGUUUGCGAGCUGGCCAGGGUGCACAUGUUUAUCAACAGGCCGACGUCGACGAUGACCUUCUACCCGAGCAGCGACGAUAAGACUCACGGAGUGUGUGCGGUGCUGGACCGCCUGCCGCAUAGCUUCGCCUGUUUGGCACUGGCGGCUGACAAGUCGCGUCGCGCGGAUCUCAACAAGACGCUCUCUGAGUGGAAGACAAGGGCUGCCGCACGCGUGCGAGACAUUACACUUCCCAAGCUCGGAUUGUUCCGCGACGACAGGGACGCAUCCAGCCCAUGGGCGCCCGAGAAGGCACGCAGUAUCGAUAAGAUCAGGGAGCGCAUUGGUCUUGGCGCUGACCCCCCUGGUGAGUGCAUUCUACCACAGCAGACAAGCUGGGCGAACGACCGUGAUGGCAUGCCGUUUGCCUCCCGGGCGUUCGCGACAUGUGCGAAGGCUGCAUUCAGGCCCAAGAAGGCCGGGCUGGUGAUGACACUGAAGGUGUACCACCUGGCCUGGUUGGAGCAUGUGGUCUCCGACUGCGUCCUCUACUGGGAGGAGAGGAAAGGCCGGCUUUCCAACUCGGCCGGCGGCAACGCACACGUCGUGGACGGCCUCAAGGUCCUGGUGAAGGAGGCCGUGGAGAGGGCGAUCAGGAUCCGCAACCCGGAGUAUGACGCGGAGCGAGAGGCGUGGAUCUGGGGGCGCCAUGGACUGCGCAUCUCUGCGUGCGGCCUGGAGCACAUGAAGCCCACCGCCGCAGCUCAGUCCGAAGAGCCUGAGGGGGACGACGACCUCUCGGCGUCAGUUGGUGAUGAGUAG